AUGAAUACCACCAUUUUUACAUCCACCGCCGCUGCUAUCCCCGGCUUCGCCUCUACCACCACUGCCAACCAUUGCAGCUGGAAAUUCCAAGAUGGGCUCUACGUUAGGACGUGGCUCGUUAUCGGCUCCGGAGUUGAUGAUAUCCCUGCCAGGUGUGGCGGCUUCUGGGACAACAUGAACAACAAGAACUUCCACGGAGCCUGUGCUUCGCUCUCCGAGACCAAUUGCGGCAAAGACGGCAACGGAGAUAUGGUCAUCAACUUCAGAUCGCCUUCAGGCUGCAACAGCGGCCACGUCGAGUCGGCGUGGUGGGAGGCAACUAAGAACCAGUUCGGUGGCAUCACAUGUGUUUAA